GUGGCGAGGCGGCGGCUGUUGUUGUUGUGAUCAGCUGGAGCCGUGCUCGUCGUCCCCAAGAUGUUCACCAAGGACUUUGAUCUGCCCACGGAGGAGGAGCUGACGGUUGAGGAGAUAAACGUCAGCACACCUGCACUUAAGGCCGCUGCUUUCCACCUGGGUAGUGUCUGUGAGACUCAGAAUAAUGAGUUCAUGCUCUGUCGCAAAGAAGAGAAGGAUCCCCGCAAGUGUAUUAAUGAAGGGAAGGAUGUAACUGCUUGUUCCUUGGCAUUUUUUAGAAAAAUUAAGAAGACUUGCUUGGAAGAAUUCAACCAAUAUGCCAACUGCCUUGACAAGUCUUCUCAAGAUUUAGAGUAUCGUCGUUGCCGAACUACUCAGGCCAUCUUUGAUAAGUGUGUCCUCGACAAUUUGAACGUGGAGCGUCCCGAUUUUGGCUAUUUCUGCAGACCCAAGAUUGUAGAUUCCAAAAGACCUAAACCAAAACCAGAGGAGCCCAUCGUAUUCCCCGAUACUCCACUAGAUCUGCCUGAUGACCCUCCUCGUGGUCCUGCACGAUAUGGUGCACGCUUUUACUGGAUGGAGUAAGAAUGUUCUUUUUUGGCCAUAUUUCUGGCUAGUCAUCUUGGGUAGAACUUCAAUAUUUAACAGAGGUUUGUUUAAUAAAUAAUGUACUGCAUAGUAAAUUAAAUUAACUAGCUAUCUUCUUUUGUUAACAUCUCAAACUACUUCUGGUGAAUAUUUCAUAACUUUGUAAAUAGUUCAGGAGGAAUGUCAUCAGAUGUUUAAGUGUACAUGUAAAGUAAAUAUCUUUUACUAUAGCUGUAUUAUGAAUGUCCCUUAUACUGUACAUGUAUUUUGGUACAUUUUUAAUUAAGGAAAGUAGUCACAGUUGCUACAUGAAUGUUUCUCUGAAAUUACAUAAGGAAAGAAUAGAUUAUUGUGAUUAUAGUGUGUGCAUACAUAUAUACCAUCUGAUGGAAAAAUGGUACACUUUAAAGCAUUACUUAAGGCCUAAUUUGGAUAAGCAGUCCACUGCAAUAUUCAAUACAUGGCCUCUAAAUAUUAGUCUUUGCCAAGGAUUAUUAAUUUUUUUUUCUUAAUUAAAACUAUAUAUUUAAAAAAAUGAUAUAAUUACAUGACACUAGAGAAAUAAAGUAUUAUGUUAGACAAUGCUGGAGAAUAUAAUCUCCAAGAUAGGUGGUCUUUUAAGUCUGGAGAAUGUUCAUCAUCGUCGUACAUAUUCACAUAUGUCAUCGUAAUGUAGCUUGAUUAUUACAGUUUCAUCUUCAAGUAACUGUAUAGAUGCCUUCUCUUGGUCUUUGUGUAGCUGUAAUAUUAGGCCUUUCUGGAAUAGUAAAUAUAUAUUAAU